AUGGGUAGUCGUCUGAGCCGCAGCAUUAUAGAAGAACACGAUAUAAAACCAGAGUCUACGACAUAUUGGACCGAUAACUGGCGAUGGGUUCCCACUAAACUCAACGUCGCGGAUGAUGCAACUCGAGAUGUGCCGAUAGACUUCAGUAAACAACAUCGAUGGUUCACCGGCCCUCCGUUCCUGCGCGACGACCCGUCUACGUGGCCUACAGAGCGACCUACAAUAGAAACACCCACUGGCGAGGAGAGAGUAAAUCUCGUUAUAAGCAACGUCGCAACAUACAGCGAGGCCGUGCCCGACCCAAAACGCUUUUCCAAAUGGGAACGGCUGCUACGAUCAACGGCGAGAAUACUACAGUUUAUUGAUUUAUGUCGCCCCGCACAUAAGACUUGUUAUGGUUAUAGAAGAAAUAGAAAAAAUCAACAAGCCGACGCAGAUUGGAAUAGCAAAAAUACGAAAAAGAAAAUUGCGCCCGGCUCAUCGUUACGUAUUAAAAACGUACAACAAGAACGUCGCUUUAAAAAUAUAGAAAGCGAACAUUUACGACGCGCUGAAGAAUUACUCGUGCGAGUUUCACAACACGACUCGUUUUCAAGUGAAAUAGCUAACAUGGAAAAAGGAAAACUGCGAGCGUUGUCAAUAGAAAUAGAAGAUGGUUUACUGAAAAUUAAAUCACGUAUAAGCGCAACGGAAGGCAUCACACCCACGCAAUCGAGCCCGCCUGUGAUAUGCGGCGAUCAUCACAUCGCAAAAUUAUACAUAGAAUACGUACAUAGGCGAUUGCAUCACGCGGGGGCUGAAGCAACAAUAAAUGAGUGUCGUGCUAAAUACUGGAUUACUAGACUUCGACCGAUCACGCGCUCAAUAGUACAUAAGUGUAUAAAAUGCCACAGAAGACGAAGCGCGCCCGCAACACCGCCUACGGGGAACCUACCACAGUGCAGGCUCGCGCAUCAUCGUCGGCCCUUUAGUUACACGGGCCUCGACUACUUCGGCCCUCUGACGGUUACCGUGGGACGAGUUACACAAAAGAGAUACGUGAGUUUAUUUACAUGUCUCACGACUCGCGCCGUGCACUUGGAGCUUGCGAACACGCUCAGCACAGAAUCGGCGGUUAUGGCGAUCCGUCGAUUCAUAGCUAGAAGAGGUUGUCCGACAGAAAUAUGGUCUGACAACGGCACGAACCUGCACGGCGCCGAGAAGGAAUUGCGACACGCUAUACAAGACGCUUCUCAUCACGAGGCCAGCAUGCGUGCAAUCAACUGGCGCUUCAUACCUCCCGGAGCUCCCUUUAUGGGCGGGGCCUGGGAACGACUAGUGAGAAGUGUGAAAACGGCGCUAUACGCGUCGCUCAAUCAACGCCACCCGCGAGAAGAAAUUUUAUUAACAUUGUUAGCGGAAGUGGAAUUCACAGUGAAUAAUAGACCGCUAACACAUGUAUCUGUGAACCCGGAAGACCCGGAAGCUCUAACGCCAAAUCAUUUUCUAUUAUUGGGACCGGCGAUGAACCCCGCACCCGGCUCGUUUACAAACGAAGAUCUCAUCGGCCGUAAGCAAUGGAGGACGGCGCAACGACUCGCCGAUAUGUUCUGGGAGCGAUGGCUGCGUGAGUACCUGCCCGAGCUACAACAGCGACGCGACCCCCACGGUCGAGGCAAAUCACCGCAAAUAGGCGACGUAGUGUUAAUUGUGGAUAACACUAUGCCUCGCAACACAUGGCCUAUGGGACGAGUAUCACGCAUCUACCCCGGCAACGAUGGCGUGACGCGAGUAGCAGACGUGCAGACAAGAGGCGGCGAGCUUCGACGACCGGUCAAGAAAAUGGUGGUGCUAGUUGAAAAUUGUCCCUCACCUGUUAACAAGUGA